GGUCUCAGCUGUUAGUCCUGCUCUUCUCUGGGCGGCGGGGAAGCAAACUGGACCUUGUUCCUAUUGACACCCAACUUCUGAUCGUUUCAGGAACAAAGUGAACUUAAAACAACAACAACAACAACAACAACAACAAACAAUUUUAAUCUAAAAAAAAAAAAAAAAAAACAAGAGCCAAAAAUUUUGCAGGAGCCCUUUUGGGUUAUAGCGGAACCAUGAAGUGGGCCUGGGUGCUCCUGGGCUCGAUCCUGGCUCUGGGCGCGCUCGCCUGGGCUGAGAAGGGCCUGGAAAUCCCCACAUACGAUGGCAAGGACCGCGUGCACGUCCUGCACAACAGCAACUACAAGACCGUGAUGAAGCAGUAUGACGUGAUGGUGCUGUACCUGCACCGGCACGUUGCAAACAACCGCGCCGCCCAGAAUCAGUUCGAGUUGGAGGAGCUGGUCCUUGAGUUGAUAACAAGUCCAGCAGCCCUUACCUACCAGCUUGCUGCCCAGGUCCUGGAUGACUUGGAUGAUGAAGACAUUGGCUUCGGACUGGUGGAUUCCAAGAAAGACAUCGCCGUAGCCAAAAAGCUGGGUCUGGAUGAGGUUGACAGUAUCUAUAUUUUCUCUGAUGAUGAGGUCAUAGAGUAUGAUGGCGAGAUGGCUGCCGAAACGCUGGUGGAGUUUCUCUAUGACGUAAUUGAAGAGCCAGUAGAGAUCAUUUUCAAUGAGAGAGAACUUAAAGGCUUCUACAACAUUGAUGAAGACAUUAAGCUGGUGGGCUACUUCAAGAGCGACAGGUCCCCCCACUUCAUUGAGUUUGAUGAUGCUGCAGAGGAGUUUCAUCCCUUCAUCAAGUUCUUUGCCACCUUUGACUCCAAGAUUGCCAAGAAACUGGGUCUAGUCCUGAAUGAAGUUAAUUUCUAUGAGCCCUUCAUGGACAAGCCUGUGACCAUCCCUGGCAAACCCUACACUGAGGCUGAACUUGUGGACUUCAUUGAGGAAAAUGACAGGCCAACUCUGAGGAAAAUGGAAGGUCACAGCAUGUAUGAGAUCUGGGAGGAUACUAUUGAUGGACAGCACAUUGUGGCCUUCGCUGAGGAGGAUGACCCUGACGGUUUUGAGUUUCUUGAGAUCCUGAAGGAGGUAUCCCGUGAAAACACAGAUAACCCACACCUCAGCAUCAUCUGGAUCGACCCUGAUGACUUCCCACUGCUGGUGCCAUACUGGGAGAAGACAUUUGGCAUUGAUCUCAACUCCCCUCAGAUUGGAGUGGUGGAUGUGGAGGAUGCUGAUAGUAUCUGGCUGGACAUGGAUGAUGAUGAGGACAUGCCCACUGCUGAGGAACUGGAUGACUGGAUCGAGGAUGUCUUGGCUGGCAACAUUGACCCAGAUGAUGAUGAUGAUGAUGAUGAUAAUGAUGAUGAUGACGAUGACGACGAUGAUGAUGAUGACGACGACGAUGAUGACGACGACGAUGAUGAUGACGACGAUGACGACGACGACAAUGACGAUGACGAUGAUGAUGAUGACGACGAUGAGUAAAUUUGAACCGCCGUCUAUGGGAAGAUGCCACCUCUCAUUUCUACAACAUCAAAAGGCCGUCACUAUCAACAUCUCAAGGCCACUGUUCUGUUGUCAAAAAGUGAUAUUUUUUAUUCUUUUUCUCUUUCUACAUCAUCUCCUUCUCUCGUCCUAGAAGACGGUCCAUAAACGAGCUCUAGCACAUUUCUGGAGGAUCCACCGUUAGAUUGCCUGAUCCAUUGUCAAGACUCUCAUAGUCACACCUGUUCUGUGUUAAGACGUAGAUCCCUCACAGACAUUAAAAAAGCCCAUGUUAAAAAUCCUACAUACUAUAGUUGUCCAAAUGACUGUCUGAAAAUAUCUUUGCCAUCGUCUGAACAGUCUUGAGAUUGUGACUGCUUUCUCUAGUCCAGCAAGGGCAUGCUGUGGGCUAACACAACUUGUGGCUGGAUAGCAAGGCAUCUUGUUUAGCUUCCAUAAACAUGGUUUCUCAUGGUUUUAUUGAUGAUCUGUUUGUGUUUGUGAGAGACUGUGUGUGUGUGUGUGUGUGUGUGUGUGUGUGUAGCAUCAUAUUUGUAUGUGUCUAGGAACAUAUCUGUACUUGUCUGUGCAUAUAUGUAUGACGUGUAUGCAUGUGCAUGUGUGUAUGUGUGUGUGUGUGAGAGAGAGUAUGAGCCUGCACUGCAUGCAUGAUUAAGAGAGAAAGAAUGUGAGAGGGGGAACCAAACCAAGUGGUUCUGGUGCCUCUCCUUGCAUCAAAACCACCUCGUUCUACAGUAAGAAGGCAAACCAUGGCCCAGCCCAAUAACAACUCCAAACUCUCCAUGUAACUCCCAUAUCUGUGCUCUCUGACAACUGAAUGUUGGGAGGUUUAAGAAAUGGCCAUUUGUUUUGUAACUUUUUAUCAAAAUAUGAGAAAUCGUGAAAGUCUUAAGAAAAUGGCUGAACCUGGAGAGAAAUGAAAUAUUCUGAAAAUUGCAAAUGAAAAUGACAUUAAAGAGUUUCAUUGUUUGUGGUCCAA